AAAGCUGCUCGCCCAAACAGCCAGCCAGAGACCCUUUGCUGCAGCUGGUCUCCCUCCAGAAGGCGUCUGGCUGCUGGGUGCUGGAUCCAGCUCUGGCUGCUGCACUGGGAAAGACCAGCGAGGAGGUGGAAAAGCCCAAGCCUGCAUCGGUGAACCAGGAAGUGUGGCCACCAUCCUGGCUCUGAUCUGGCUUCAUGGUUUCAAGAUGGACGCUCAGGAAGAGUGGGAGCUUCUGGCUAUGAAGGCUGUGUCAUGGCUCCGAGCUCAGAAAGCAUCCUGUGUAAUGGAGUGUGUGGAAGCAGUAAAUGCUCUGUUGGGUUGCAACGUGCAGAAAAACGUCCUGGGGCUCUGAGGUUUUCAUUAAAGGGGCUUCUCCUUCAGGAUUGGUACACAGAAGCAGAUUUACUCCAUCCUACAAUAUUUACUUCAAAUCAAAGUAUGCCUUUCAUGUCAAUUUGUGUCUAAAUCAACUGCAAAUUAAACUAAAAAAACCAAGCAUUAUUUGCAU